AUGACAAAUGCUUCCUUGAUGAAUAAGGCACUCGAUCGAGAGAAACGUAUUGGGAUGUACUUCUCUCUACUUGAUGCGUAUUUUGCCAAAGAAGAUAUGAACAAGACGUUUGUGCGUCCCUCAGUCUCACUGAAAACGUUGUAUUCGGAUUUUGUGGUGCGAGAGAUGUCUCCACUGUACAAUAAUGGAAUACCACUGACAUUAGAGUCUUUGCAAAUGGAAGAAAAACAGAAUGGUACGGCUACAACAACGUUGAAACGACAACGUGAAGGAGAUGAUGAGGAUAAACAGAAUAAUAGCGAAGGUAGUAAUAAUAAUAAUAACACGGAAACAGAAGGAACCAAACGUUUGGUUACUGAGGUAGAUUCCCAACAGGAGGAGUUAUUAACACGUGUGCAAGAUAAAUUUUCGCCAUUACUUUCAUCUGAAGAUAUGAUUUUACUUCUAUCUGCAUUACGUACUGGGGCACCAACAGUGCGGCUCGUGAGCACAUUAACCAAACAACAACGUACAGAAAUUCAUGCGGCAGUGAAGGAAUUGCUUGGGGCAACACAUUUAAGUCGAACAGAAGAUGGCGCUUUUCUUAUUGAAAAAUCCACAUCUGCUACGAGAAGAGAGGCGAAUCGUCGUUCAAAUCCUCUACGUAAACAAAAGUAUCUGCAUUUUACACUAUAUAAGGAGAAUAUAGACAGUAAUCGUGCUUUACGUGCUGUCGCUACAUUCCUUGGUUUAUCUGUGCGACAACUUAAUUUUAGUGGAACAAAAGAUAAACGUGCUGUGACUCUUCAACGUGUUGCAGUUCGUGGUCUCUCAGAAGGAAAACUUUCAAAAAUUAAUAGUUGUUCCUUUGGUCCAGAUAGCAAAGUAAAAGUUUGCGGUUUUAAGGAAUUGGAUAAUGGAUUGCGUCUUGGUGACACUUUAGGUAAUCACUUUCAUAUAGCACUCCGCUUGUUGCCAGAUAGUCCGGAUAUUUCACCUGAUAUAUUACAGACGAUUCAAAAUGUUAUUAAUCAUACAGGUGUAGUUAAUUACUACGGACCGCAGCGUUUUGGUACAACUGAAGUUUUGACUAGUGAAGUUGGUGUACAUAUGCUUGCAGGAGAUUUUAAAGAAGCUCUAUGUUUAAUAUUUCGCUCAAAAGCUAUUGUUACACCUGAUCUUGUUGAAGUACAAAAAGCAGUUGAAAGAGGUUCAUUUGAAGAGGCUUUACAGUUAUUACCACGUUACUGUUUUCAGGAACGUGAUAUAUUGAGACAUUUGGUACGAUUUCCUAAUGAUUUCUUGGGUGCAUUUCAAACAAUACCACGAACACUGGGAAUGCUUUAUUGUCAUGCAGUUCAAAGUUUGAUUUGGAAUAUAAUGGCUUCAGAAAGGUUGGCUCUGGGUACAGAACCUAUCAUUGGUGACUUGGUUUUGAAAACACGUUAUACAUAUCUUUGGGAACAAGAAAAAAAUAAUAAUAACGGGGACGAAAAAAAUAUACAUAAUAUUAAAGAUAACGAUGAUAAUAAUGAUCAUGAGUAUAAUAAUAAUAAUAAUAAUAAUAAUAAUAAUAAUAAUAAUAAUAAUAAUAAUAAUAAUAAUAAUAAUAUGAAUGAUGACUCUUUUUCUAAAGAAGAAGGUCUUCCUGAAGUAGUGUGUUUGACAUCAGAGGAUGUGGCAACAGGAAUUUUUCAUUUAACAGAUGUUCUUCUUACUGUUCCAGGGCCGGACGAAAAUCUACAAUUCCCUUGUGUACCAUGCUGCACUCGUGAGGAGUAUGUCCGAAAACUCACCAGUUUUAAAGGAGAAGGUCUUAUGAAAGCCGAUAAUCAUCUCGUCAAGAUGUUUCAUUAUCACGGUGCAUACCGAUCAUUAGUUGUUCGUCCAACAAAAAUGGAGAUGCGUCUUGUGAGUACAAAGGGUCCUCGGGAUCCGAUCAUUCCAACUGAUUUAGAGAUUUUAACAGAUAACUCUUCAAAAGAAGGAACCUGCACUAAUAUAAUAGAUGACUCUUCUACAGUAGAGCCACUACAUCAUGCCAUUGUAGUACAGUUCUCCCUUCCACCAGGAUCGUAUGCCACCUGUGUAUUAAGAGAGUUUGCUGUGUGCUGCUCAGAAGGUUAUCAUUCCGUAUCUAACCUGGAAGCUGAUGCCAGUAAUCCAUCUGAAGAAGUUAUGGAUAUAGAGGUAUAA